AUGCACACGGCAAGUCCGCCGGCCGCCGGCCGCCACACCGGAAGGCCGCCACACCGGAGGGCCGCCGUCCGCCACACGGCAAGGCCGCCGGCCGCCGGCCGCCACACCGGAAGGUUAUCGGCCGCCGCACGGCAAGGCCGCCGGCCGCCGCACGGCAAGGCCGCCGGCCGCCGGCCGCCGCACGGCAAGGCCGCCGGCCGCCGCACGGCAAGGCCGUCGGCCGCCGCACGGCAAGGUCGCCGGCUGUUGGCCGCCACACGGCAGCCGGUCGCCACACGGCAAUGCCGCCGGCCGGCACACGGGAAGGCCGCUGGUUUCCGGCCGCCGGCCGCCACACGGCAAGGCCGCCGGCCGCCACACGGCAAGGUCGCCAGCCGCCGGCCGCCACACGGUAAGGUUGUCAGCCGCCGGCCGCCACACGGCAAGGCCGCCGGCACACACGGCAAGGCUGCCGGCCGCCGGCCGCCACACGGCAAGGCCACCGGCCGUCGGCCGCCACACCGGAAGGCCGCCGCCCCCCACACGGCAAGGCCGCCAGCCGCCGGCCGCCACACGGCAAGGGCCGCCAGCCGCCGGCCGCCACACGGCAAGGCCGCGGGCCGCCACACGGCAAGGCCGCCGGCCGCCGGCGGCCACACGGCAAGGCCGCCGGCCGCCGGCCGCCACACGGCAAGGCCGCCGGCCGCCGGCCGCCACAGGGCAAGGCCGCCGGCCGCCGGCCGCCACACGGCAAGGCCGCCGGCCGUCACACGGCAAGGCCGCUGGCCGCCGGCCGCCAACCGGCAAACCCGCCGCUGGCCGCCGGCCGCCAACCGGCAAGGCCGCCGGCCGCCACACGGCAAGGCCGCCGGCCGUCUCACGGCAAGGCCGCCGGCCGCCACACGGCAAGGCCGCCGGCUGCCAGCCGCCGGCCGCCACACGGCAAGGCCGCCGGCCGCCGUCCGCCACACGGCAAGGCCGCCGGCCGCCGGCCGCCAACCGGCAAGGCCGCCGGCCGUCACACGGCAAGGCCGCCGGCCGCCGGCCGCCCCUCGGCAAGGCCGCCGGCCGCCACGCGGCAAGGCCGCCGGCCGCCGGCCGCCACGCGGCAAGGCCGCCGGCCGCCGGCCGCCACCCGGCAAGGCCGCCGGCCGCCGGCCGCCAACCGGCAAGGCCGCCGGCCGCCGGCCGCCGGCCGCCACACGGCAAGGCCGCCGGCCGCCGGCCGCCACACGGCAAGGCCGCCGGCCGCCGGCCGCCGGCCCGCGGCCCCCACGGGCGCCACACGGCAAGGCCGCCGACCGUCACACGGCAAGGCCGCCGGCCGCCGGCCGCCAACCGGCAAGGCCGCCAGCCGUCACACGGCAAGGCCGCCGGCCGCCGGCCGCCACACGGCAAGGCCGCCGGCCGCCACACGGCAAGGCCGCCGGCCGCCACACGGCAAGGCCGCCGGCCGCCGGCCGCCACACGGCAAGGCCGCCGGCCGCCACACGGCAAGGCCGCCGGCCGCCGGCCGCCACACGGCAAGGCCGCCGGCCGCCACACGGCAAGGCCGCCGGCCGCCACACGGCAAGGCCGCCGGCCGCCACACGGCAAGGCCGCCGGCCGCCACACGGCAAGGCCGCCGGCCGCCACACGGCAAGGCCGCCGGCCGCCACACGGCAAGGCCGCCGGCCGCCACACGGCAAGGCCGCCGGCCGCCACACGGCAAGGCCGCCGGCCGCCACACGGCAAGGCCGCCGGCCGCCGGCCGCCAACCGGCAAGGCCGCCGGCCGUCACACGGCAAGGCCGCCGGCCGCCGGCCGCCCCUCGGCAAGGCCGCCGGCCGCCGGCCGCCAACCGGCAAGGCCGCCGGCCGCCCCUCGGCAAGGCCGCCGGCCGCCGGCCGCCGGCCGCCAACCGGCAAGGCCGCCGGCCGCCCCUCGGCAAGGCCGCCGGCCGCCACACGGCAAGUCCGCCGGCCGCCAACCGGCAAGGCCGCCGGCCGCCACACGGCAAGGCCGCCGGCCGCCACACGGCAAGGCCGCCGGCCGCCGGCCGCCAACCGACAAGGCCGCCGGCCGCCGGCCGCCACACGGCAAGGCCGCCGGCCGUCGGCCGCCAACCGGCAAGGCCGCCGGCCGCCACACGGCAAGGCCGCCGGCCGCCGGCCGCCAACCGGCAAGGCCGCCGGCCGCCGGCCGCCACACGGCAAGGCCGCCAGCCGCCGGCCGCCAACCGGCAAGGCCGCCGGCCGCCACACGGCAAGGCCGCCGGCCGCCGGCCGCCAACCGGCAACGCCGCCGGCCGCCGGCCGCCGGCAGCCAACCGGCAACGCCGCCGGCCGCCGGCCGCCGUCCGCCAACCGGCAAGGCCGCCGGCCGCCGGCCGCCAACCAGCAAGGCCGCCGGCCGCCGCACGGCAAGGCCGCCGGCCGCCGGCCGCCACACGGCAAGGCCGCCGGCCGCCGCACGGCAAGGCCGCCGGCCGCCGCACGGCAAGGCCGCCGGCCGCCGGCCGCCAACCGGCAAGGCCGCCGGCCGCCGCACGGCAAGGCCGCCGGCCGCCGCACGGCAAGGCCGCCGGCCGCCGGAGCCGCACGGCAAGGCCGCCGGCCGCCACACGGCAAGGCCGCCGGCCGCCGGCCGCCAACCGGCAAGGCCGCCGGCCGCCGGCCGCCACACGGCAAGGCCGCCGGCCGCCGGCCGCCAACCGGCAAGGCCGCCGGCCGCCACACGGCAAGGCCGCCGGCCGCCGGCCGCAGGCCGCCACACGGCAAGGCCGCCGGCCGCCAACCGGCAAGGCCGCCGGCCGUCACACGGCAAGGCCGCCGGCCGCCGGCCGCCAAUCGGAAAGGCCGCCGGCCGCCACACGGCAAGGCCGCCGGCCGCCACACGGCAAGGCCGCCGGCCGCCACACGGCAAGGCCGCCGGCCGCCGGCCGCCACACGGCAAGGCCGCUGGCCGCCACACGGCAAGGCCGCCGGCCGCCCGCCGCCGGCCGUCACACGGCAAGGCCGCCGGCCGCCACACGGCAAGGCCGCCGGCCGCCGGCCGCCACACGGCAAGGCCGCCGGCCGCCGGCCGCCAACCGGCAAGGCCGCCGGCCGCCGGCCGCCACACGGCAAGGCCGCCGGCCGCCGGCCGCGAACCGGCAAGGCCGCCGGCCGCCGGCCGCCACACGGCAAGGCCGCCGGCCGCCACACGGCAAGGCCGCCGGCCGCCGGCCGCCAACCGACAAGGCCGCCGGCCGCCGGCCGCCACACGGCAAGGCCGCCGGCCGUCGGCCGCCAACCGGCAAGGCCGCCGGCCGUCACACGGCAAGGCCGCCGGCCGUCACACGGCAAGGCCGCCGGCCGCCGGCCGCCACACGGCAAGGCCGCCGGCUGCCGGCCGCCGGCCGUCUCACGGCAAGGCUGCCGGCCGCCGGCAGCCACACGGCAAGGCCGCCGGCCGCAGGCCGCCGGCCGCCACACGGCAAGGCCGCCGGCCGCCACACGGCAAGGCCGCCGGCCGCCCCACGGCAAGGCCGCCGCCCGCCGGCCGCCAACCGGCAAGGCCGCCGGCCGCCACACGGCAAGGCCGCCGGCCGCCGGCCGCCAACCGGCAAGGCCGCCGGCCGCCGGCCGCCACACGGCAAGGCCGCCGGCCGCCGGCCGCCACAAGGAAAGGCCGACGGCUGCCGGCCGCCAACCGGCAAGGCCGCCGGCCGCCGCACGGCAAGGCCGCCGGCCGCCGGCCGCCGCACGGCAAGGCCGCCGGCCGCCGGCCGCCAACGGGCAAGGCCGCCGGCUGUCACACGGCAAGGCCGCCGGCCGCCAACCGGCAAGGCCGCCGGCCGCCACACGGCAAGGCCGCCGGCCGCCACACGGCAAGGCCGCCGGCCGCCGGCCGCCACACGGCAAGGCCGCCGGCCGCCGGCCGCCACACGGCAAGGCCGCCGGCCGCCGGCCGCCACACGGCAAGGCCGCCGGCCGCCACACGGCAAGGCCGCCGGCCGCCGGCCGCCAACCGGCAAGGCCGCCGGCCGCCGGCCGCCACACGGCAAGGCCGCCAGCCGCCGGCCGCCAACCGGCAAGGCCGCCGGCCGCCACACGGCAAGGCCGCCGGCCGCCGGCCGCCAACCGGCAACGCCGCCGGCCGCCGGCCGCCGGCCGCCAACCGGCAACGCCGCCGGCCGCCGGCCGCCGUCCGCCAACCGGCAAGGCCGCCGGCCGCCGGCCGCCAACCAGCAAGGCCGCCGGCCGCCGCACGGCAAGGCCGCCGGCCGCCGGCCGCCGCACGGCAAGGCCGCCGGCCGCCGCACGGCAAGGCCGCCGGCCGCCGGCCGCCAACCGGCAAGGCCGCCGGCCGCCGCACGGCAAGGCCGCCGGCCGCCGCACGGCAAGGCCGCCGGCCGCCGGAGCCGCACGGCAAGGCCGCCGGCCGCCACACGGCAAGGCCGCCGGCCGCCGGCCGCCAACCGGCAAGGCCGCCGGCCGCCGGCCGCCACACGGCAAGGCCGCCGGCCGCCGGCCGCCAACCGGCAAGGCCGCCGGCCGCCACACGGCAAGGCCGCCGGCCGCCGGCCGCAGGCCGCCACACGGCAAGGCCGCCGGCCGCCAACCGGCAAGGCCGCCGGCCGUCACACGGCAAGGCCGCCGGCCGCCGGCCGCCAAUCGGAAAGGCCGCCGGCCGCCACACGGCAAGGCCGCCGGCCGCCACACGGCAAGGCCGCCGGCCGCCACACGGCAAGGCCGCCGGCCGCCGGCCGCCACACGGCAAGGCCGCCGGCCGCCACACGGCAAGGCCGCCGGCCGCCCGCCGCCGGCCGUCACACGGCAAGGCCGCCGGCCGCCACACGGCAAGGCCGCCGGCCGCCGGCCGCCACACGGCAAGGCCGCCGGCCGCCGGCCGCCAACCGGCAAGGCCGCCGGCCGCCGGCCGCCACACGGCAAGGCCGCCGGCCGCCGGCCGCGAACCGGCAAGGCCGCCGGCCGCCGGCCGCCACACGGCAAGGCCGCCGGCCGCCACACGGCAAGGCCGCCGGCCGCCACACGGCAAGGCCGCCGGCCGCCGGCAGCCACACGGCAAGGCCGCCGGCCGCCGCACGGCAAGGCCGCCGGCCGCCGGCCGCCAACCGGCAAGGCCGCCGGCCGUCACACGGCAAGGCCGCCGGCCGCCGGCCGCCAACCGGCAAGGCCGCCGGCCGCCACACGGCAAGGCCGCCGGCCGCCGGCCGCCACACGGCAAGGCCGCCGGCCGCCGGCCGCCACACGGCAAGGCCGCCGGCCGCCGGCCGCCACACGGCAAGGCCGCCGGCCGCCGGCCGCCACACGGCAAGGCCGCCGGCCGCCGGCCGCCACACGGCAAGGCCGCCGGCCGCCGGCCGCCACACGGCAAGGCCGCCGGCCGCCGGCCGCCACACGGCAAGGCCGCCGGCCGCCGGCCGCCAACCGGCAAGGCCGCCAACCGGCAAGGCCGCCGGCCGCCGGCCGCCACACGGCAAGGCCGCCGGCCGCCACACGGCAAGGCCGCCGGCCGCCGGCCGCCACACGGAAAGGCCGACGGCUGCCGGCCGCCACACGGCAAGGCCGCCGGCCGCCAACCGGCAAGGCCGCCGGCCGCCGGCCGCCGGCCGCCGCACGGCAAGGCCGCCGGCCGCCGGCCGCCAACCGGCAAGGCCGCCGGCCGCCGGCCGCCAACCGGCAAGGCCGCCGGCUGUCACACGGCAAGGCCGCCGGCCGCCAACCGGCAAGGCCGCCGGCCGCCACACGGCAAGGCCGCCGGCCGCCACACGGCAAGGCCGCCGGCCGCCGGCCGCCACACGGCAAGGCCGCCGGCCGCCGGCCGCCACACGGCAAGGCCGCCGGCCGCCGGCCGCCAACCGGCAAGGCCGCCGGCCGCCACACGGCAAGGCCGCCAGCCGCCGGCCGCCAACCGGCAAGGCCGCCGGCCGCCACACGGCAAGGCCGCCGGCCGCCGGCCGCCAACCGGCAACGCCGCCGGCCGCCGUCCGCCAACCGGCAAGGCCGCCGGCCGCCGGCCGCCAACCAGCAAGGCCGCCGGCCGCCGCACGGCAAGGCCGCCGGCCGCCGCACGGCAAGGCCGCCGGCCGCCGCACGGCAAGGCCGCCGGCCGCCGCACGGCAAGGCCGCCGGCCGCCGGCUGCCGGAGCCGCACGGCAAGGCCGCCGGCCGCCACACGGCAAGGCCGCCGGCCGCCACACGGCAAGGCCGCCGGUUGCCAACCGGCAAGGCCGCCGGCCGCCGGCCGCCACACGGCAAGGCCGCCGGCCGCCGGCCGCCACACGGCAAGGCCGCCGGCCGCCGGCCGCAGGCCGCCACACGGCAAGGCCGCCGGCCGCCAACCGGCAAGGCCGCCGGCCGUCACACGGCAAGGCCGCCGGCCGCCGGCCGCCAAUCGGAAAGGCCGCCGGCCGCCACACGGCAAGGCCGCCGGCCGCCACACGGCAAGGCCGCCGGCCGCCCGCCGCCGGCCGCCACACGGCAAGGCCGCCGGCCGCCGGCCGCCACACGGCAAGGCCGCCGGCCGCCGGCCGCGAACCGGCAAGACCGCCGGCCGCCGGCCGCCACACGGCAAGGCCGCCGGCCGCCACACGGCAAGGCCGCCAGCCGCCGGCAGCCACACGGCAAGGCCGCCGGCCGCCGCACGGCAAGGCCGCCGGCCGCCGGCCGCCAACCGGCAAGGCCGCCGGCCGUCACACGGCAAGGCCGCCGGCCGCCGGCCGCCAACCGGCAAGGCCGCCGGCCGCCACACGGCAAGGCCGCCGGCCGCCGGCCGCCACACGGCAAGGCCGCCGGCCGCCGGCCGCCACAAGGCAAGGCCGCCGGCCGCCGGCCGCCAACCGGCAAGGCCGCCGGCCGCCACACGGCAAGGCCGCCGGCCGCCGGCCGCCAACCGGCAAGGCCGCCGGCCGCCGGCCGCCGCACGGCAAGGCCGCCGGCCGCCGCACGGCAAGGCCGCCGGCCGCCGCACGGCAAGGCCGCCGGCCGCCGCACGGCAAGGCCGCCGGCCGCCGCACGGCAAGGCCGCCGGCCGCCGCACGGCAAGGCCGCCGGCCGUCGCACGGCAAGGCCGCCGGCCGCCAGCCGCGCCGGCCGCCAGCUGCGCCGGCCGCCGCGCGGCAAGCCGCCGGCCGCCGGCCGCCACACGGCAAGGCCGCCGGCCGUCGGCCGCCAACCGGCAAGGCCGCCGGCCGCCACACGGCAAGGCCGCCGGCCGCCGGCCGCCACACGGCAAGGCCGCCGGCCGCCGGCCGCCAACCGGCUAGGCCGCCGGCCGCCGGCCGCCAACCGGCAAGGCCGCCGGCCGCCGGCCGCCACACGGCAAGGCCGCCGGCUGCCGGCCGCCAACCGGCAAUGCCGCCGGCCGCCACACGGCAAGGCCGCCGGCCGCCACACUGCAAGGCCGCCGGCCGCCGGCCGCAGGCCGCCACACGGCAAGGCCGCCGGCCGCCGGCCGCCACACGGCAAGGCCGCCGGCCGCCGGCCGCCACACGGCAAGGCGGCCGGCCGCCGGCCGCCACACGGCAAGGCGGCCGGCCGCCGGCCGCCAACCGGCAAGGCCGCCGGCCGCCACACGGCAAGGCCGCCGGCCGCCGGCCGCCACACGGCAAGGCCGCCGGCCGCCGGCCGCCACACGGCAAGGCCGCCGGCCGCCGGCCGCCACACGGCAAGGCCGCCGGCCACCGGCCGCCGGCCGUCUCACGGCAGAGCCGCCGGCCGCCGGCCGUCACACGGUAAGGCCGCCGGCCGCCAGCCGCCACACGGCAAGGCCGCCGGCCGCCAACCGGCAAGGCCGCCGGCCGCCGGCCGCCAACCGGCAAGGCCGCCGGCCGCCACACGGCAAGGCCGCCGGCCGCCGGCCGCCAACCGGCAAGGCCGCCAACCGGCAAGGCCGCCGGCCGCCGGCCGCCACACGGCAAGGCCGCCGGCCGCCGGCCGCCACACGGCAAGGCCGCCGGACGCCGGCCGCCACACGGCAAGGCCGCCGGCCGCCGGCCGCCACACGGCAAGGCCGCCGGCCGCCACACGGCAAGGCCGCCGGCCGCCGGCCGCCACACGGCAAGGCCGCCGGCCGCCGGCCGCCACACGGCAAGGCCGCCGGCCGCCACACGGCAAGGCCGCCGGCCGCCGGCCGCCAACCGGCAAGGCCGCCGGCCGCCGGCCGCCACACGGCAAGGCCGCCAGCCGCCGGCCGCCAACCGGCAAGGCCGCCGGCCGCCACACGGCAAGGCCGCCGGCCGCCGGCCGCCAACCGGCAACGCCGCCGGCCGCCGGCCGCCGGCCGCCAACCGGCAACGCCGCCGGCCGCCGGCCGCCGUCCGCCAACCGGCAAGGCCGCCGGCCGCCGGCAGCCAACCAGCAAGGCCGCCGGCCGCCGCACGGCAAGGCCGCCGGCCGCCGGCCGCCACACGGCAAGGCCGCCGGCCGCCGCACGGCAAGGCCGCCGGCCGCCGGCCGCCAACCGGCAAGGCCGCCGGCCGCCGCACGGCAAGGCCGCCGGCCGCCGGAGCCGCACGGCAAGGCCGCCGGCCGCCACACGGCAAGGCCGCCGGCCGCCGGCCGCCAACCGGCAAGGCCGCCGGCCGCCGGCCGCCACACGGCAAGGCCGCCGGCCGCCGGCCGCCAACCGGCAAGGCCGCCGGCCGCCACACGGCAAGGCCGCCGGCCGCCGGCCGCAGGCCGCCACACGGCAAGGCCGCCGGCCGCCAACCGGCAAGGCCGCCGGCCGUCACACGGCAAGGCCGCCGGCCGCCGGCCGCCAAUCGGAAAGGCCGCCGGCCGCCACACGGCAAGGCCGCCGGCCGCCACACGGCAAGGCCGCCGGCCGCCACACGGCAAGGCCGCCGGCCGCCGGCCGCCACACGGCAAGGCCGCCGGCCGCCACACGGCAAGGCCGCCGGCCGCCCGCCGCCGGCCGUCACACGGCAAGGCCGCCGGCCGCCACACGGCAAGGCCGCCGGCCGCCGGCCGCCACACGGCAAGGCCGCCGGCCGCCGGCCGCCAACCGGCAAGGCCGCCGGCCGCCGGCCGCCACACGGCAAGGCCGCCGGCCGCCGGCCGCGAACCGGCAAGGCCGCCGGCCGCCGGCCGCCACACGGCAAGGCCGCCGGCCGCCACACGGCAAGGCCGCCGGCCGCCACACGGCAAGGCCGCCGGCCGCCGGCAGCCACACGGCAAGGCCGCCGGCCGCCGCACGGCAAGGCCGCCGGCCGCCGGCCGCCAACCGGCAAGGCCGCCGGCCGUCACACGGCAAGGCCGCCGGCCGCCGGCCGCCAACCGGCAAGGCCGCCGGCCGCCACACGGCAAGGCCGCCGGCCGCCGGCCGCCACACGGCAAGGCCGCCGGCCGCCGGCCGCCACACGGCAAGGCCGCCGGCCGCCGGCCGCCACACGGCAAGGCCGCCGGCCGCCGGCCGCCACACGGCAAGGCCGCCGGCCGCCGGCCGCCACACGGCAAGGCCGCCGGCCGCCGGCCGCCACACGGCAAGGCCGCCGGCCGCCGGCCGCCACACGGCAAGGCCGCCGGCCGCCGGCCGCCAACCGGCAAGGCCGCCAACCGGCAAGGCCGCCGGCCGCCGGCCGCCACACGGCAAGGCCGCCGGCCGCCACACGGCAAGGCCGCCGGCCGCCGGCCGCCACACGGAAAGGCCGACGGCUGCCGGCCGCCACACGGCAAGGCCGCCGGCCGCCAACCGGCAAGGCCGCCGGCCGCCGGCCGCCGCACGGCAAGGCCGCCGGCCGCCGGCCGCCGCACGGCAAGGCCGCCGGCCGCCGGCCGCCGCACGGCAAGGCCGCCGGCCGCCGGCCGCCAACCGGCAAGGCCGCCGGCCGCCGGCCGCCAACCGGCAAGGCCGCCGGCUGUCACACGGCAAGGCCGCCGGCCGCCAACCGGCAAGGCCGCCGGCCGCCACACGGCAAGGCCGCCGGCCGCCACACGGCAAGGCCGCCGGCCGCCGGCCGCCACACGGCAAGGCCGCCGGCCGCCGGCCGCCACACGGCAAGGCCGCCGGCCGCCGGCCGCCAACCGGCAAGGCCGCCGGCCGCCACACGGCAAGGCCGCCAGCCGCCGGCCGCCAACCGGCAAGGCCGCCGGCCGCCACACGGCAAGGCCGCCGGCCGCCGGCCGCCAACCGGCAACGCCGCCGGCCGCCGUCCGCCAACCGGCAAGGCCGCCGGCCGCCGGCCGCCAACCAGCAAGGCCGCCGGCCGCCGCACGGCAAGGCCGCCGGCCGCCGCACGGCAAGGCCGCCGGCCGCCGCACGGCAAGGCCGCCGGCCGCCGCACGGCAAGGCCGCCGGCCGCCGGCUGCCGGAGCCGCACGGCAAGGCCGCCGGCCGCCACACGGCAAGGCCGCCGGCCGCCACACGGCAAGGCCGCCGGUUGCCAACCGGCAAGGCCGCCGGCCGCCGGCCGCCACACGGCAAGGCCGCCGGCCGCCGGCCGCCACACGGCAAGGCCGCCGGCCGCCACACGGCAAGGCCGCCGGCCGCCGGCCGCAGGCCGCCACACGGCAAGGCCGCCGGCCGCCAACCGGCAAGGCCGCCGGCCGUCACACGGCAAGGCCGCCGGCCGCCGGCCGCCAAUCGGAAAGGCCGCCGGCCGCCACACGGCAAGGCCGCCGGCCGCCACACGGCAAGGCCGCCGGCCGCCCGCCGCCGGCCGCCACACGGCAAGGCCGCCGGCCGCCGGCCGCCACACGGCAAGGCCGCCGGCCGCCGGCCGCGAACCGGCAAGACCGCCGGCCGCCGGCCGCCACACGGCAAGGCCGCCGGCCGCCACACGGCAAGGCCGCCGGCCGCCGGCAGCCACACGGCAAGGCCGCCGGCCGCCGCACGGCAAGGCCGCCGGCCGCCGGCCGCCAACCGGCAAGGCCGCCGGCCGUCACACGGCAAGGCCGCCGGCCACCGGCCGCCAACCGGCAAGGCCGCCGGCCGCCACACGGCAAGGCCGCCGGCCGCCGGCCGCCACACGGCAAGGCCGCCGGCCGCCGGCCGCCAACCGGCAAGGCCGCCGGCCGCCGGCCGCCACACGGCAAGGCCGCCGGCCGCCGGCCGCCACAAGGCAAGGCCGCCGGCCGCCGGCCGCCAACCGGCAAGGCCGCCGGCCGCCACACGGCAAGGCCGCCGGCCGCCGGCCACCAACCGGCAAGGCCGCCGGCCGCCAACCGGCAAGGCCGCCGGCCGCCGGCCGCCAACCGGCAAGGCCGCCGGCCGCCACACGGCAAGGCCGCCGGCCGCCGUCCGCCAACCGGCAAGGCCGCCGGGCGCCGGCCGCCGUCCGCCAACCGGCAAGGCCGCCGGCCGCCGGCCGCCGGCCGCCAACCGGCAAGGCCGCCGGCCGCCGGCCGCCGCACGGCAAGGCCGCCGGCCGCCGCACGGCAAGGCCGCCGGCCGCCGCACGGCAAGGCCGCCGGCCGCCGCACGGCAAGGCCGCCGGCCGCCGCACGGCAAGGCCGCCGGCCGCCGCACGGCAAGGCCGCCGGCCGUCGCACGGCAAGGCCGCCGGCCGCCAGCCGCGCCGGCCGCCAGCUGCGCCGGCCGCCGCGCGGCAAGCCGCCGGCCGCCGGCCGCCACACGGCAAGGCCGCCGGCCGUCGGCCGCCAACCGGCAAGGCCGCCGGCCGCCACACGGCAAGGCCGCCGGCCGCCGGCCGCCACACGGCAAGGCCGCCGGCCGCCGGCCGCCAACCGGCUAGGCCGCCGGCCGCCGGCCGCCAACCGGCAAGGCCGCCGGCCGCCGGCCGCCACACGGCAAGGCCGCCGGCUGCCGGCCGCCAACCGGCAAUGCCGCCGGCCGCCACACGGCAAGGCCGCCGGCCGCCACACUGCAAGGCCGCCGGCCGCCGGCCGCAGGCCGCCACACGGCAAGGCCGCCGGCCGCCGGCCGCCACACGGCAAGGCCGCCGGCCGCCGGCCGCCACACGGCAAGGCGGCCGGCCGCCGGCCGCCACACGGCAAGGCGGCCGGCCGCCGGCCGCCAACCGGCAAGGCCGCCGGCCGCCACACGGCAAGGCCGCCGGCCGCCGGCCGCCACACGGCAAGGCCGCCGGCCGCCGGCCGCCACACGGCAAGGCCGCCGGCCGCCGGCCGCCACACGGCAAGGCCGCCGGCCACCGGCCGCCGGCCGUCUCACGGCAGAGCCGCCGGCCGCCGGCCGUCACACGGUAAGGCCGCCGGCCGCCAGCCGCCACACGGCAAGGCCGCCGGCCGCCAACCGGCAAGGCCGCCGGCCGCCGGCCGCCAACCGGCAAGGCCGCCGGCCGCCACACGGCAAGGCCGCCGGCCGCCGGCCGCCAACCGGCAAGGCCGCCAACCGGCAAGGCCGCCGGCCGCCGGCCGCCACACGGCAAGGCCGCCGGCCGCCGGCCGCCACACGGCAAGGCCGCCGGACGCCGGCCGCCACACGGCAAGGCCGCCGGCCGCCGGCCGCCACACGGCAAGGCCGCCGGCCGCCACACGGCAAGGCCGCCGGCCGCCGGCCGCCACACGGCAAGGCCGCCGGCCGCCGGCCGCCACACGGCAAGGCCGCCGGCCGCCGGCCGCCACACGGCAAGGCCGCCGGCCGCCGGCCGCCACACGGCAAGGCCGCCGGCCGCCGGCCGCCACACGGCAAGGCCGCCGGCCGCCGGCCGCCACACGGCAAGGCCGCCGGCCGCCGGCCGCCACACGGCAAGGCCGCCGGCCGCCGGCCGCCACACGGCAAGGCCGCCGGCCGUCACACGGCAAGGCCGCCGGCCGCCACACGGCAAGGCCGCCGGCCACCGGCCGCCGGCCGUCUCACGGCAGAGCCGCCGGCCGCCGGCCGUCACACGGUAAGGCCGCCGGCCGCCAGCCGCCACACGGCAAGGCCGCCGGCCGCCAACCGGCAAGGCCGCCGGCCGCCGGCCGCCAACCGGCAAGGCCGCCGGCCGCCACACGGCAAGGCCGCCGGCCGCCAACCGGCAAGGCCGCCGGCCGCCAACCGGCAAGGCCGCCGGCCGCCGGCCGCCACACGGCAAGGCCGCCGGCCGCCGGCCGCCACACGGCAAGGCCGCCGGCCGCCGGCCGCCACACGGCAAGGCCGCCGGCCGCCGGCCGCCACACGGCAAGGCCGCCGGCCGCCGGCCGCCAACCGGCAAGGCCGCCGGCCGUCACUCGGCAAGGCCGCCGGCCGCCGGUCGCCACACGGCAAGGCCGCCGGCCGCCACACGGCAAGGCCGCCGGCCGCCACACGGCAAGGCCGCCGGCCGCCACACGGCAAGGCCGCCGGCCGCCGGCCGCCACACGGCAAGGCCGCCGGCAGCCACACGGCAAGGCCGCCGGCAGCCACACGGCAAGGCCGCCGGCAGCCACACGGCAAGGCCGCCGGCCGGCGACCGCCACACGGCAAGGCCGCCGGCCGCCACACGGCAAGGCCGCCGGCCGCCACACGGCAAGACCGCGGGCCGUCGGCCGCCACACGGCAAGGCCGCUGGCCGCCACACAGCAAGGCUGCCGGCUGCCGGCCGCCACACGGCAAGGCCGUCGGCCGCCACACGGCAAGGCCGCCGGCCGCCGGCCGCCACACGGCAAGGCCGUCGGCCGCCACACGGCAAGGCCGCCGGCCGCCGGCCGCGAAACGGCAAGGCCGCCGGCUGCCAGCCGCCACACGGCAAGGCCGCUGGCGGCCACACGGCAAGGUGUCGAGAUUAGAACGGGUGAAAAUAUUGACUAA